AAUUGUUGGAGUGUCACUUUCCUAUAUAUACUCUCAAACUCAACUUAUUCCCAGAAACAAACCUCAUCUCUCUCUCUAGAGUCUCUCUCUCAUGAUUCUUUCAAGGAUGUUUGUUUUAUGAAGCUCAUGAUAAAGGGUUGUUGAAAUUUAUCUAAGAAUAAAAAAAAUGUCACAGAAUCAGAUUCCUGAUCUUUCUCUACAAAUUAGUCUUCCAAACAGUGCUGUUUCAUCAAUUUGCGCAACAACAAAUGAAGUUGAUGAUUUGGAUUCUCCUUUUGAUAUAUGGAAAAAUGUUCAUGAAGGUUUCAAAUCUCAUAGUGAUGGUUUUUCAUCUUCGUUCAAGAAAAAUGGUGAUACUUUUCAAAGAACUGAUGAUACAGAACUUUCAUUAACAACAACAACAACACCAACAACAACUCCUUCUGAAGCUGAGAGUCCUUGGAAGAGAAAAAACUUCGUUAGAUUAAGACCCUUUAAUGGAAUCCCUUACAAUCCUCCAAUAUUAGAGAAAGAUUCAAGUUUUUCUCUUUAUCCUUCUUGUUCUUCUGGUAAUAGUGGUGUUGAGGGUGUUAAGCAAGUUUCGAGGUUUAACGGGAUAACUAUGGAGAGUUUAAGAGCUCACAAGUUUCAAUACUUGAAUUUGAAUCAACAUCAAAUUCUACAACAGCAACAACAGCAGCAACAACAACAGUUUGGAAAUUCCGAGUUUGGAAAUGGAUUUGUAAGGUCAAGAAUGAUGAUGCCAAGGCAACAAAGUAAUAAGAGGAACACAAGGGCUCCGAGGAUGCGUUGGACUAGUUCGCUUCAUAAUCGAUUCGUUCAUGCCGUUGAGCUUCUCGGCGGCCAUGAAAGAGCAACACCAAAGUCAGUUUUGGAGCUAAUGGAUGUGAAAGAUCUAACACUAGCUCAUGUGAAGAGCCAUUUACAGAUGUAUAGAACUGUUAAAAACACUGACAAGCCAGCAGCUUCUUCAGAUGGAGAUGAGAAUUUCAUGUCCCUAACACCACCUCAUAAUCGAAAUAAUCUAUCUCUAGAUCAUGAUAUUAGCUUCAUUUCCAAUAAUUUAUGGGGAAAUUCAUCUUCAAGUAAAGGAACAUGGACACAAGGUAGUUCAAGAGAUUUUGAUGAGCAUUGUACAGAAGAAAUCCUAUCAUCUCAGCACAUUGGAAACUUUCCUCAGGUAAACAACUAUACACAAUCAAGAAGCUUCAAGGAUCAAAACAUAGACUGUCAGAAGAAUCCAAACUUGGAGUUCACCUUAGGGAGAUCAAAUUAAUUUUAUUACAAGUUUACAAUAUUCAUAUGAUCUCUUUACUAGCCAUAAAAAAGCAACAAUAGUGCACAGAUAAUACAUAAAUAGCUAGUUUAACUAGGUAGUGCUUUUGUGAAGACGAAGAUGUCACUUUCCACAAAUCUAAGCAACUUUGUAUAUUCUUCUUCUUUUGAACCAAAGAUUAUUAAUUAAGUGGUGUUAUUCUAUAUCAAAAUGUUACUGUUAAAAGUAAAAGUGGAAGAAAAGAAGGAAUCUAAUGUAUGAUAAGGCUUUUAUUGUGUC